CCGUGUUCAGUGCUGCCGCGGCCCCCCCCACCCUGCCCGCACGUCUCCUCCCCCUUCCUGCGCUCGGCGCUUCCCGCCGGAGCGGGACAGCCCCGGAGCCGGUGCAGCCGCGCCCGCCGCCGCCGUUACCGCCGCCAUGGAGUGAGGGCCUGCGGGCUCAGCCCGGCCCGGCCCGGCCGCCCCCCGCCCGUCCGCUCGUCCUCCAGCGGCAGCUCCCCUCAGGUGGCUGUUGCCAAGAUGUCCCUCUGGAGCAUCGUGUCCCACCUGCCAGCAGAGCAGUUCAGUGGCCUCUUCACCGAGUUCCCCCGCAGCCUGCGCUGCCUCCUGGCCGACUGGCUGGAGAACCAGCCCUGGGAGUUCAUCAGUGGCUCCGAUACCUUCUGCAGCAGCGUGGCCCAGGGGCUGCUCUCGGCCAUGCUGGAGAAGCUCCGCAGCGCCUCCAGCGAGGGCCAGCAGGGUCAGAUCCUCCAGCAAGUCAGCAGCAUCGAGAAUGCCUACCGGAGGGACCCGCUGCGCUUGGUGGCUGUGCUGAAAGCCAUCCUGGAGGGCGAGAAGGCUGCUGUGCUCAAGAGGGACCACCACCUGCCCCUCAGCUUCCACCGGCGCCAGGAGGAGCUGAAGUUCGCCCUGGGGCUGCAGCGGCUGCAGCAUCGCAUCCAUGAGAUCCAGGCGCUGCGGGAUGGCCCCAAAGCCUCUCCGCAGCUGAAAACAGAAACGAAGCCCCUGGAUGAUCUGCCCACCCUGAUCCUGGAGGCUGUGAAGGAGCUGGAGGCAGCCAAGCAGCAGGUCCUGAAGAGAAUCCAAAUCUGGAAGAGGCAGCAGCAGCUGGCAGGGAAUGGGGCCCUCUUCGAGGAGAACCUGGCACCACUGCAGAAGAGGUGCGAGAGCCUGGUGGAGGUUUACUUCCAGCUGCACCAGCAAGUGACAGCAGCCAGCACAGAGCUGGGGCCUGAGCUCCAGUCCAGGCUCCUGGAGAGGUUCAGCGAGGUCCUGUCCAGCCUGGUCAAGAGCUCCUUCCUGGUGGAGAAGCAGCCCCCACAGGUGCUGAAGACCCAGACCAAGUUCCAGGCGAGCGUCCGGUUCCUGCUGGGCCCUCGGCUGCUGAAGGCUUCGGCCAAGCCCUACAUGGUGCGGGCAGAGAUGGUGACGGAGAAGCAGGCACGGGAGCUGGCACUCAGUGCCUGCAGCAGUGCCCUGAGCGAGAGCACAGGGGAGAUCAUGCACAAUGUGGUGGCUCUGGAGACCAACCCCACCAGCAGCACCUGCUGUGCCAACUUCAAGAACGUGCUGCUGAAGAAGAUCAAGCGCUGCGAGCGGAAGGGCUCCGAGUCGGUGACGGAGGAGAAGUGUGCGGUGCUGUUCAGCACCAGUGUGGCACUCAGCCCUGGCAACCUCUCCAUCCACCUCCAGGCUUUGUCUCUGCCCAUCGUGGUCAUCGUGCACGGGAACCAGGACAACAAUGCCAAGGCCACGGUGCUGUGGGACAAUGCCUUCUCUGAGAUCGACCGGGUGCCCUUCGUGGUGGCCGAGCGGGUGCCCUGGGAGAAGAUGUGUGACACCCUGAACCUCAAGUUCAUGGCAGAGGUGCAGACCACGAAGGGGCUGCUCAAGGAGCACUACUUCUUCCUGGCCCAGAAGAUAUUUAACGACCACAGUGCCAGCUUUGAGGACUUCCAGAGCCGCAGCGUCUCCUGGGCCCAGUUCAACAAGGAGAUCCUUCCUGGUCGGGGCUUCACCUUCUGGCAGUGGUUUGAUGGAGUCCUCGACCUCACCAAGCGGUGCCUCAAAAGCUACUGGUCAGACCGGCUGAUCAUCGGCUUCAUCAGUAAGCAGUACGUCUGCAAGCUGCUGAGCACGCAGCCCGACGGCACCUUCCUGCUGCGCUUCAGCGACUCGGAGCUGGGCGGCGUCACCAUCGCCCACGUCAUCCGCGGGCAGGACGGGUCCAGCCAGGUGGAGAACAUCCAACCCUUCUCUGCCAAGGACUUGUCCAUCCGCUCCCUCGGGGACCGCAUCCGCGACCUGGGGCAGCUCCGCAACCUCUACCCCAACACCCCCAAGGACCAAGCCUUUGGCAGUCACUACAACAAGGAGCAGAUGGGCAAGGAUGGCCGCGGCUACGUCUCUGCCACCAUCAAGAUGACAGUGGAAAGUGAAAGGGACCAGCAGCUCCAGAGCGCUCCAGGGGCACCCCCAGAGCCCACCCCAGUGUUCAACCUGCCCCUGCUGCAGCCUGAGAGCCUGCAGUCAGUUCUCAGCCCAAUCUGCCCCUCUGCUGCUUUCUGCCCCCAGCCUGUCCCUGUAGGCUACCCCUCAGCUGAGGGCAACAUCCCUAUGAUGAUCUCCAAAAGCCUUGGAUCCUUCCCCAGCACCUCACCGAUGCUCUCCCCGCCCCUGGUGCCAGACCCAGCACUGCCACAGCACCCAGACCUCAGCUUCAGCAACCCAAUGUCCUUCAUGCCCAACCAGUACAUGAGAGAGGAGGCCCCACAGAUGCUCCCUGGGGCCCCCUCGCAGGAGCCUCCUGAUGAGGAGAUGCCAGAGCUGCCCCCGUUCGCCAUGGACCCCCCACUGCAGAGCUCCCCAAGGUGGAUGCCACCCAGCAUGGAUCUAGCACCAGGCCCAGACCUGGACUCGUUCUUGGACAUCCCCUUGUGCCCCCCCUUCAUGCCCUCCCCGCAGCGCAGUGCAUACCCCAGCCCCAGCACCGCUUCCUGGGGGCUGGGGGAGGCUCGGUGGGACGACAGUGCCCGGCCAGGGCAUGCCUGAGGGGGCUCUUGGGGGGAGGGGGGAGUACAUUGGACUGUGACCCCCCCCACGCACACAGCCUUGUCUGGGCUGAAGCUCUGGUAAAAGAGGGGGUUGGAAUUUUGGAGGGAAUAGCACUUUGGGCAACACCCCCUCCCCCCCCCCCCCCAGUGUGUAAAUGCAGCAUUUUGGAGCACACAGCUGCUGCUGGGGUCCACAGUGAGGGAGUGAAGGCAUUGGGGGGGUGCCCACAGUCAAGCAUGGUGCCCUCAGCCCACACCAUGAGUCAGAAGCGGGGGCAGGAGGCAGCAGCGGGCAACAUGCUGGGGGGUGGAGGUGCCAGGGCUUGGGGUUGGGGGGGGUGGGCACCAGGACUCCCUGCAGUGGUUGGAGGAUGGGGUGGGGGAGGACAACGCACACAUGGACCCUUCACACACCCACAGCUGGCACUUGCUUUGGGGUAGGUGAGGUGCCAGCCCCUUCCCUCUUCCCGGAGUGGGCCUGUGAUAGGGAGCCUGGGAGGUGGGGGGAGAGGGCGGGGGGGGGGGGGGGGGGGAGGGGCAGGAAAAUAAGCCAUAAAAUAAAGUUUUAUUCCAAAAUAACAAAAUAAAUAAUCUACUGUACACAGUACAAA